UGUGCAAUCAAUUUCGCUUACUUACUGGACACUCGAGAUCACUGAGUGCUUCUUCUCCGACGCGCCCGUACCCAAUUUACGCAAGUAUUUGACACUUUGUAAAUCGCAGAUUGCUAAAAUUGUUGAUCUUGUGCGAGGUCAUUUGAAUGCGCAGAAUAGGAUCACGCUGGGAGCUUUGGUGGUAUUAGAUGUACACGCGCGCGAUGUGCUCGCCGAAAUUGUCGAAAACAAAGUUUCAGAUGCUAAUGAUUUCCAAUGGCUAUCCCAACUCCGCUACUACUGGGAAGAUAAUAACUUGUACACACGCAUGAUUAACAGUUCCCUCAAAUAUGGCUAUGAGUACUUGGGGAAUACGACACGACUCGUAGUUACACCGCUCACAGAUCGUUGUUAUCGUACGCUCUUUAGUGCACUGAAUUUGCAUUUGGGUGGCGCACCCGAGGGACCUGCGGGUACAGGCAAAACCGAGACCACUAAAGAUUUGGCUAAAGCCGUAGCCAAACAGUGUGUGGUUUUCAAUUGUUCUGAUGGCUUAGAUUACCUUGCGCUGGGCAAGUUCUUCAAAGGGUUGGCUUCGUGUGGCGCAUGGUCGUGCUUCGAUGAAUUCAACCGUAUUGAUCUGGAAGUGCUAUCCGUUGUGGCCCAACAGAUACUUACCAUACAACGUGGCAUUAAUUCGGGUAGCCCUACUUUGGUGUUUGAGGGCACCACACUGACAUUGGAUCCCACAUGUGCGGUCUUUAUUACCAUGAAUCCCAGCUAUGCAGGACGUUCAGAGUUGCCAGAUAAUUUGAAGAUUACUACAGAUGGCGACGCGUUUAAAACGUUAGCUAAAAAAUACUUCUGCGUUCCCGCAUCGUCGUGCGAAUCUGAAAGAGUUUUCAGUAAAGCUGGACAACUUAUAAAUCUGGAAUGCAAACAUAGAUGGAAGCUACUCCGGGAGCGCUUCUGCAAGGAGAUGAAAAGAUUGGAAGCUCCAUCAGGUAGCGGAAUGAGCUACCUAGAGGAAUGGCGUUUUUUAAAACCGUUGAUGUUCCUAAAAGACUCCGUCACACCGCGUCGCACUCGUGAUAAUGCAGAACCAAAUACAGACUCAGUCUUGGAGUCAUCAUUGAAUGAUAGUUGCAAUGAAAUUUUAUCGCCACCUCGCAAAAAAAAAUAA